AUGGUCCUGAAGAACUCGUUUCCACGGAGGACUGAGCUGUGCUUUGGAACGAGCGGCUGGGAACGCUGUUCUACAGUGGGCGUACUAGCGGUGUCCUACGGGCGCGCCAGCGUCGGCCACGUCUAUGUACAUAUAUACCCAGGCACCCACCCAGCUGCUGCGAAAACAGCUCCAGAAAAUUCAGCAGCCUACGCCGAUUCGCCUGUGCUGUACAGCGUGAGCUGCAAGAUGGCUGCGGAGGGACCGAAGAAGGCGGAGGCGGAGGCGGAGGCGGCUGCGGAGACGGUGGCAACGGCAAAAGCCGUGGCAGCAGAGGAGGAGGCCGUCGUCCCCGCACCCGGGCCGCCGGCCGGUGACUCCAACUCCAAGGCCCUCGUCGUCGUCGUUGACAAGGUGGCUGAUAAACCUUGUGCUGUGAAUAAUACACCGAGGAACUCAAAUGAUAGAGACAUUGCUCUUGCAAAGGUGGAAAUAGAGAAGAGGAACUCUUUGAUUAAAGCAUGGGAAGAGAAUGAGAAGUCAAAAGCGGAAAACAAGGUUGCUAAGAAACAAUCUGUUAUUCUUUCAUGGGAGAACACAAAGAAGGCAGUCAUAGAAGCUCAGUUGAAAAAGAAGGAAGAACAACUGGAGAAGAAAAAGGCUGAAUAUGGUGAGAAGAUGAAAAACAAAAAGGCAGUCAUCCAUAGGCAGGCUGAGGAAAAGAGAGCGAUGGUUAUUGCCCAAUGUGGUGAAGAAGUUCUCAAGGCCGAGGAGGUGGCAGCUAAGUACCGUGCCAAAGGGGUAGCUCCAAAGAAAUUUCUUGGUUGCUUUGGAGCAUAAGGAAGGUUUGAAUUUUAUGCUUUCUCAUUUGUGCACUAAAAAGCCAUGGUGUAACUUUAUCAACUUGUGUAAUUAUUACCCUUGUUAAUUGUUUGUAUAGUCUACUAUUCAUGGUGUACAAAUGAUACUCUUGGUGCAUAGUAAGACUAUUGUCGACCGAAAUGACAAGCAUAAAAGAGUGAAUGUAAUACUUUAAGAAUUUAUAAUGUCAAGGCAUAGUUCGACAAUG